AUGUCUUCUCAUCGUUACUCAUCGUCGCUCGCCGCCAACCCCGGAGAGAAGGACUUCUACGAGGUGCUCGGCGUGAAGAAAGACGCUGGGAUUGACGAAAUCAAAAAGGCAUAUCGGCAACUUGCGCUCAAAUGGCAUCCGGACAGAAACCCCGACAACCGCCAGCAAGCUGAGGCUCAGUUCCGCCUCGUCAGCGAGGCGUACCAGACGCUCUCGAACCCGGAAAAGCGGCAGCAGUACGACGCAAUGCGCCAGUACAGAGGCUCGGGAUUCCACGAGGGCGUUCGCGGCGGAAGCGGAGCAGCGACUGCCUCCCACGGUCCACAUGGCUACCCCUUUGGCCCCGGCGGUGCGUUCCGGACUCACCACGUCUCGCAAGAAGAGGCCGAGCAACUCUUUCGCCAGGUCUUUGGCGGGAUGAACAUCCAAGAUUUGUUUGCGCAGGUGCUUCGCGAGAAGGCCCGCGGAGACCGUGCGGGGCCGCGCGGUCUCCACGGGCCUUUCGUCAUGGACGACAAGGACUUUGAGGAGAUCCUACGGCGGUCAGGGAUGGGCGGAGCUCCCGCUGGCUCCGGAACGCGGAGAAAUCCCUUCGGCUGGGACGGAGGGCCCUCCGCCUCAGGCGCGCAGGCUGGUCUGGUGAGCACCGCGCGAGCGACAAACAUCAUCCAGCGCGACGGACGCCUCGUCGAGCAGACAGUGAUAACACGUCGCUUCGCGAACGGCCGAGUCGAGCGCGAAGUGGCGGAACGCGACCUGGACCCGCACCAAGAAGCUGCAAAUUUUUUCCACUCUCUGGGUCGCCGCAGCGCGCGCGCCCCGUUCUCUGUCAAUCCCUUUUCUGCCGCGCCAAACCACCCCCUUCAGCGGCUCCUGGAGGAACUGCUCGGGUCUUCCCCGGACCCACGGAAGGCCGGAGAAGGCGGCAGGUCGCCGCUCUCGGAAGGAGACCGAGGGCGUGGGCAAGGGCCGCCGCCCGCCUUUUCGUCCCCCGUAGUCAGAGGCUUGUGGAACCAAGUCAAAGUGACGGCUCGGGCUGCGUUGAGCGUCUUCCUCAUCAAGGCGAAGAUCUGGCUGCUGGACCGGGUUCUCAACGCGGUGAUCCGAAUCCUUCUCAAGCUCCUCCAUAAACGGUAG